UGCUUGGUUCUGUUGACAUGCAUUUCAAUGUUGAUAGCUUCAAUAAUGCUUUUCAGUGGUAAGGAUUAUUCACCUUUUGAAUGAGUACAGCAUCAUUUUACAUGUGGCAAAAAAAUGUUGGUCACUUUAUGAGCAUGUAUCAGCCAAAUUAAUAGCCAAGCUGAUAUUUACAACAAGCAUUUACAGCAUUUUGAUAUAUGAUACUGUUUUAUUUAAAUGUUAUCACUGUAAAGCCUGACAUAUGAAAUAAUAGUAAAUAAAUCUUUUUUUUUCUUCUUUUUAUGUUAGUUUGUAAUGUGAGAUUUUUAUAACAGCAUAAUUUUGAAUGCAUAUGCUUAUAAAUAUAAAAUAUAUGCAUAUAAUGCAAUACUUAAAAGCCAGCUGCUAAUAAUAAAAUAAAGUCGAGUUGCUUUAGCCCAGUAAACGGUCUCUUAACAUAAUGAGAAAUGUUCUCAUAAAAUAUUAUUAGCAAUGUAAAUACUUUAAGUUUCUUAAAAAAUAUAUGGUUUUAAAGGCAGAAAUACACGUGUACCACAAUCUGUAUGUAGGCAUUUUUACAAUUAUACUAAAAGACCUUUUUCUUGCUAAUUGUUAACCAAAGUAUGAACUGUCAAUCAGAUGACAGAAGGCAUGUAGCAGAUUGUGUGCAACAGAUUUUUCAGCUGUUCUGAUCAUGGUGAUAACCCAGAGGGCAUAAAAAAUGGUAUUAAAUAUGAUACAGCAGGAAUUCCUAAACUGAUUUCUCAUCAUUUAACAGUGGAAUAUUACUGUAAAAGAACAUGUGAAAGAUAAGUCUCAGUGACGUACAAAACUGCCCUGACUGUAUAAGUCUGUGCCUAAAUGUACUUUCAUACUUGCCCUCAUUUUCAAAGGCCUAAAGACUGAAAGAGAAUUCCCAGUGAGAUUCAUGCUGGGGGUGACUUGACUAAAAUGUGUGUGUGUUUGGCAGAGUUACUGCUGAGUACAAAAACAGAUACCAUAAAACAGAGUUUUCCACAGCAGCAGCAGCACAGCUUGCUGCAGUAGUUGUACGCUGGCUUUAGGAAAGCACACAUUGCUGUUCUGAACUGGAGUUUAGUGGUUAAUGCCGAAACAAUGGCAGUGAGUUAUUUGAGUUUAGUACCAUGUAGUAUCGUAAAGUGUAAUUAAACGAACAGUGUGAGGUCAGGUAUCAGAUGACAAUAAAGGGGGACGUUAUGCUGAGGAAAUCCAGAAAAAGGCGUCCAAAACAAGACGAUGAACGUGUACAGCUUCCUCUGGUCCCGCUGGUACAAGAACAGAAUGAGAUCAUGCAGAAGGAGUCUAGUCCUCUCUGCGCUGCUGACGUCAUCACUGAGCUCAAGAGACAGUUUGUGUUCCUGUCUGGAGGAAGAGGACCGGAUGGAAGCCCUAUCAUUAUCUUUCCAGAGUUCCCUUCAUUUAGUGAAAUUGGAGACCAAGAGUUUCGUAAUGUUCUUACCUACCUGACAAGCAUUCCCAGUCUGAGUGCAGCGGGUGUGGGCUUCAUCGUAGUGAUUGACAGGCGUAGAGAUCGAUGGACGUGUUUAAAGGGGACAUUACUGCGUAUCUCAGGCUGGUUUCCUGCUAAUCUUCAGCUUGUUCUGGUGCUGAAACCCAGUGCUAUCCUGCAGCGAACUUUGUCUGAUGUGUUCUUCAAACUGCACAAAGAUGACUUUAAAGUACCGGUUAUCAUGCUAAGCUCACUGACUGAUCUACACUCUCAUAUUGAGCGGAGUCAACUGACACAAGAACUGGGUGGCUCUCAAUACUACUGCCACAAGACCUGGAUCUCUCAUCGCACAGAUCUUGAAAGCUUUGCUGCUUUAGUGAAGAGGAUGGCUGAGAGACUGCAAGUGUUCGGCAGGGAGCUGGCAGAAACAGAGCUCCCUAACAACCUCCUCACGGCCAGCAAUCUGCUCAAUGCACAAACCAGCAGAAAAGACAGUUUCAAAGAAGAGAUGGCAGGAGCUCUAAGCCAAGGACGCCGACUCUUGGAGAACAUCAGAGAACCGGUCCGCAGAGAUCCGGACAGCAGUCUAAACCCUGAUCAACUAGAGAACCUGGCUACAGUGCACAGGCUGUUAUCCCAGUUAAAUGAGAGCUCUGCAGCAUUUGACGAGUUCUGGAUUCAGCAUCAAAAUAAACUGGAUCUAUGUUUGAAACACUGCCAGUUCGAGCACAACUUUCAGCAGUUGCGAACAGACCUGGAGCAGAAAACAGACACUCUGAAUGCUUUUUCAGAUGUUGGAAUAAGCUCUGCCCAGACAGAAAAGCUCCUUCAAGAGUUGAGCGAUCAAGAGAAGAAAGCCUGUGAAGUGCUGGACAGAGUAAGGUCUGUGGUUGCUGAGGGCCAGUGUUUGAUUGACAGCUGUCAGAAUGUUGACAACACUGUUGCAGUGAAAUGCAGUGAGCUACAGAGAGUGAGAGAGAAUCUCACCCAAGAGCUCAAAGACAAGAGGAUCAUGCUGACACAGGCUAUGGAGCUACACAGAAGAUUGGAAAUGAUGUGUAAAUGGUGUGAUGAUGGGAUUUACAUGCUAGCGUCACAGCCUCUUGACAAGUGCCAGUCGCAGGAGGGGGCGGAGUCAGCACUGGCAGAGCUGGAGUGUUACCUGGAGACAGCCAAUGAGAAACAGCAGUGGGAGAUCAGCACAGUUUGGCUGGAAUAUGACAACAUACUGAACAAUGGGCUCAGGGAGCAGGUAAAGCGUGCAUUUGAGAAGAAAGCCUCACUACAGGAGAUGUUUGAGAGGAGGAGGGUCAGUCUGAUGAAACUAGCAGCCAAACAAACACGACCUGUCCAGCCUGUGGCCCCACGACCAGAGUCACUCUCAUCUCCUGCUCACAGGGAGCAUGAGAACAUCUGUAUUAGUGAGGACUCAGACAGCAGGGUGUCCUGUAAACAAGUAAACUCUGAUCAAGUUGACAGGAGCAGUCGCAAUCCUUCUGUAUCUGAGGAGGAGGAAACCCUGGGUGUGCUGCGCAGGCAUGUAAUGAACGAGUUACUAGAAACAGAAAGAGCAUAUGCGGAAGAGCUUAUGUGUGUUUUGCAGGGAUAUGCUGCAGAGAUGGACAACCCCUCCAUGGCCCCUCUCAUCCCCGCAGCCCUGCAGAACAAGAAGGAUGUGUUAUUUGGGAACAUGCAGGAAAUUUAUCAUUUCCACAAAAGAAUAUUCCUCAAAGAGCUAGAAACUUAUACUGACUGCCCUGAGCUUGUGGGCCGCUGCUUUCUGGACUGGAUGGGGGAGCUGCAGAUUUAUGAGAAAUACUGUCACAACAAGCCUCGUUCUGAGAGCCUCUGGAGACAGUGCUCAGACUGUGCCUUCUUCCAGGAGUGUCAGAAGAAACUAGAGCACAAACUAGGACUGGACUCAUACUUACUGAAGCCUGUGCAGAGGAUCACUAAAUACCAACUCCUGCUGAAGGAGAUGAUUAAGUACAGUAAAGGCUGUGAGGGCUCAGUGGAGCUGCAGGCAGCUCUUUCCUCCAUACUGGGUAUCCUGAAAGCUGUAAAUGACUCAAUGCACCUCAUCGCCAUCACGGGAUAUGAGGGUAACCUUGGAGACCUGGGUCGCCUGCUGAUGCAGGGGUCGUUCAGCGUGUGGGCGGAGCAUAAGAGAGGUCACGUGAAGGUGAUGGAGCUUGCCAGGUUUAAGCCCAUGCAGAGACACCUGUUCCUGCAUCAGAAAGCACUGCUCUUCUGCAAGAGACGAGAGGAGAGCGGAGAGGGAUACGAGAAAGCGCCCUCAUAUAGCUUCAAACAGGAGCUCAGCAUGGCUGCUAUUGGAAUAACAGAGCAUGCUAAAGGGGACAGCAAGAAGUUUGAGAUCUGGUCCCGUUCAAGAGAUGAGGUCUACACAGUACAGGCCGCGUCUGAGGAGGUUAAGACCAUCUGGGUAACAGAAAUCCGAAAACUUCUAACAGGACAGCUGGAGGCCUGCAAAGAGGCAAGUCUACAGAAGGCACCUGAGCAGUUCUCCUCAGAUACCAGCUCAACCAACAGACUGGUGAGACAUGAACAUAGCAACCUCAGCAGUGGAGGAGUGGAGAAACCAAAGACAGACGAGGAAAGAGGCAAAGAACUUGAGAGCAUUCUAGAGCCCAGAAUGACAGGAAGAGCAAAAGGGUCUUCCUUUAGUUUUGAGACUAAACCAAAACGACAGGAUAUCCGGAGUGACCCCACGCCUCUAGAAACAGGGCCACACCCUAACAUGGGCGGAGUCAGGUGGUUCAGUACAUCAAGCCUGUUUCAAAAUCGUAGGAGAGGUACACAUACUGAGUACACACGAUGGACUAAAGGAUCUCUUUCGUUGGAUGCCUCUGUGGAGCAUGAUGGAUACUUUAGUGCAGAGGAGCAGGUGACCUCAGACCCAGAAGAGGAGAAGGAAGAUAAAAUGUCUGCAGGUGAGCUGCAGUCUGUGAGGAUAGAGGAAGAGAUCCAGUGUUCUGAAGAGACUGAGGAUCCUGAGAAAUGAGAGUUGAGUGUGAAUCUGUGUUUAUUGCCAUCAGUGUACAGCAAACAUGUUAGGUUUUGUGCAUAACUCUUGAAAAUAGGGAAGUGAGACAUAUAUAAACCAUCAACUUUUAAGAUCUGCAUACUCUUAAAAAUAAAGGUUUCUGGUAGAACCAAAUAGUUUUAAUGAAUAGCCUACAUGGGAGAAAGCUGUCCAUUAGCAAUCACAAUAGCAGUGUGACAAAAAGCUUUUUUUGUCAGAAUAUGCUAAUUUUAAAUGACUGUCAAUGGAGAAAAAUGCGUCUUAGAACCAAACAACUACCAGCAGGAGUCAGACUAAACAGCCACAAAAUAAAAAUUAGUUUUACAGGACCUUUUUAUUCUUUAAAGGGGUCAUAUGAUGUUGCUAAAAAGAACAUUAUUUGGUGUAUUUGGUGUUAGGCAAUGUGUUUAUGUGGUUUAAGGUCCAAAAGACAUAUUUUCCACAUACCAUACAUUUUUGUUUCUCAUCUAUGCCCCGCCUUUCUUAAACGCAUUGAUUUUUGCAAAGCUCAUCGUUCUGAAAGUGAGUUGUGCUCUGAUUGGCCAGCUUUCCAGUGUGUUGUGAUUGGCCGAAUGCCUCAAGUUGGUGAAGGAAAUGUUACGCCCCUUAACAUACUGUGAUGCCGUGUGUCCCGGAGCACUGAGACAAAAUCAUUAAAACCCAUUAUAAACGAGGCAUUUGCUGCAUCCAGUGGGAAUAUAAUUCUGGAUUAUAAUGACUAAUACUUUCUUUUAUGCAUUGCGUUGCAUAGCGUAUCACGCUGCAUAAACUUAAAACCAUGUCUGCGUUUGUGAUGGAAGAAACAACAAACAUCAAGCAUUACUCUACACUGCUCAAAACUCACGUUUGAAUCAUCAGUGGCAAAUUCGUUAAAUAUGAAAACGUAUUUACAGACUGUGAGUCAGAACAGCCAACAUUGUAUUCUUCUCUCCCAGGAUCAGGAAACAGUCCUCAUGAUAAAAUGCACUGCACACAUCUGAAUAUUUGGUUUGAACUGUUCUGGAACAGUGUUUUAAAUACAACUUAACCACUGAUUUCUAGUUGUGCCCUUUUUUUGAAGGCCAAACAAAGUAUUUUCCUUUUUGCAAAAAAACACACAGCAUCUUCACAACAUUAUGGCAGCAACAACAAUACUACAACAAGAAUCAAAGUUACUUCUUCUUUCUUUACGUGAACAUUUGGGCUGAAUAAUGCAAAUCUUCCCACACUGUGACGUAGACAUGUGGAGGCGUGUUUAAACAAUGCAUUUUAGGAGAGCGUAAAAAAGGAAAACUUAAAAUCGCAUCAUAUGACCCCUUUAAAUCUGUAAGAAACCGUCUUGACCAACUGACACUAACUGAACUUUUUGACUCUCCAAAGAGAUGUAUACCAUGGAAAAUGACUGUUGUUAAGAGUUCUUUGCGAAAAGCUUUAUUUUAAAGAGCAUAAUCUUAGAAUGCAACAAUAUAAUGUGUUUUGCAGAGACACCUGAGCCAGCUCUUUACACAAUGUCUCAUAUGCUGUGAUACAUGUUUCAAAUCUCUUAAAACUUAGUAGUUGUUUCUGUCCCAGUAAUAAUGUCCAUAUUGGGAUAUGGCAUGUCUAUUGUCAAUUCGCGUGAUCUCCAAUGUGAAAGCAUGUGACAUAUCGUGUACUGUACAAUGCAGGAAACUAGAACCUAUGUGUAAAACAAGCAUAUCAUAUAUGCAGAUGUUGUUUCUCCAAGUGACUGUGAUCACCCUGUGCCAUUUGUAUGUAAAAUAUGUUUACAAAUCUAUAUUGUUUUAUAUAUGCAUAUAAAAAUAAAACCAUAGUUGACUUAUGA